AUGCAUAUAGAUACAUCUAAUAAAUUAGAAGAAAAUGGUGGUUUACAUGUCAUUAUCACAUAUUUACCAACAAAUAUACGUAUUGAAAUACAAGCAUUCGGUCGUACAGCUAGAAAAGAUAAUAAAGGUACUGGUGAAUAUAUUAUCCUAAGUCAAUAUGGUCUAUCGAUUGAAACAUUAAAACAAUUACGAAACAGUCAAGAAAAAGAAAGAUUAGAUUCGUUUUUAAUCAAUGAUUUACCUAAAAUCAAAAUUGAAGAAGAUUUAUUACAAGGAUUUGAUGAUGAUGAUGACACACAGUGGCCAUUUUUUGCUAGAGCAGGCGGACUUUAGCUUUAUGAGUGAACUAAAAUUUCAUGAACCAUUUUUUUAUAGGUU